CUACUUUAUAACAGGGAUAGAUUGCUGCAUCAAAGGUAAACCCCAGGCAAGGCGGCGUUGCAAGAAGAUCUCAAAGCUGCUGCAUUUUCAUAUCAUAACCAAGCCUCUUCGUCCAAAGAUGUCAGCGCCAGACCUCAAAAUCAGGAGGAUCGACGUUUUCUCCGUCGACCUCCCCUACUCCGGCGGCGUCUAUUACCUCUCUGAAGGUCGGACGUACACCCACUUCGAUGCUACAAUCGUCCGCAUCAAUGCGUGCUCCUCUUCAGGCGCCGAAAUCGAAGGAUGGGGUGAAUCCACGCCAUUCGGCAGCACCUAUGCGCCUUCUCAUGCCCGCGGCGUGCGCGCAGCAAUCGCAACGAUAGCCCCAGAGCUGAUCGGUCUAGACCCGCGACGCGUCGAAAGAAUUAAUGACGCCAUGGAUUCCGCCCUCAAGGGCCACGAAGAUGCGAAGACUGCGCUUGACGUGGCGUGUUGGGAUAUCUUUGGCAAAUCCGUUGGUCUACCCGUUUGUGAAUUACUUGGUGGCCGGACGGAUGUCGAGCUGCCAAUGAUAUCGAGUCUAGGCGUCUGUAGUCCCGAGGAAAUGAGGAGGCAAGUGCAGAAGUUUCGGGAUGAAGGGUACAUGGGUCAUAGUGUGAAGGUCGGCACAAAUCCUGUGAAUGAUGCAGCAAUCAUCACAUCAGCACUAGCCGACAAACAGGAGGGCGAGUUUUUCCUCGUGGAUGCAAACUGCGGUAUGACGACUGAAAGCGCUUUGAGAAUGCUCAGGUUACUGCCACCCGGCCUAGAUUUUGUGCUUGAGAGCCCAUGUGCAACUUGGCGCGAGACAGUGUCGUUGAGGAAGAGGACAAACAUUCCCAUCAUUUUCGACGAAUUGGCUACCGAUGAGGCCUCUCUCGCACGCAUGAUCUCCGAAGAUGCUGCUGAAGGAAUUGGACUGAAGAUCUCGAAGGCUGGCGGGCUGACAAGGGCAAGGCGGCAAAGAGAUAUUUGCAUCGCCGCUGGCUACACCCUAAGUGUGCAGGAUACGACGGGUAGUGACAUUGCGUUUGCAGCGAUUGUCCACCUAGCUCAGACAGUGCCGCAGAAGAAUCUGCGGUGUAUCCUGAACUCAAGAGGGAUGGUGACGCUAAAGACGGCAAAUUCGAGUUUUGAAGAGUCAGGAAAAGGUGUUAAGGCAGGUAAAGCCCCGGGUCUAGGUAUCGAGGUAAAGACCAAUGUUCUGGGCGAAGCAGUGGCAAGCUAUGUGUAG